ACCAAUUAUAUUAUGUACCUAUAUUCUGCUCAAGUGAUCAAUCGCAUAUUUUUCCCAAUGAUAUGAUAAAUAUAAGCCAUAGACAUAAACAACAAUAUUUAUGUAUUUAUGUAUCUCUAUGAUACAUAUAAGCAUAAUAACCACAGAUAUCUAUAUUAUCAUAUAGAUAAUAGAAAUCUGUGCUUAUUAGUCCGUGCUGUGCGUAAAGCGCUUCGAAAGUUCGAAUUACAAUUAUUAUUACUAAUUUUAUUUUAAUUUAUAAAAUUGUUUUUGGGAUAAUGGCACCAAAAAAAAGUUCUGGUGCAUGUGUAUUUUGUUUGAGUUCGCUGUACAAAAAUCCAAACAUCUCUUUACACUCGUUCCCCAAAGACCAAUCCCGGCGAUCUUUGUGGCUUACAGCUUGUGGUUUAACUGAAAAUGAUUAUAAGCCUUCUAGAAAGCUGUGUUCGCAACAUUUCGACCACAAUUGUUUCAAAACUGGGACUACUUUGAACAUUUUAAAACCAAAUUCAGUUCCUACAAAGUUCAACAAACACGCAAAAGAAUUUUUUAUAUCAACGAGCUCUCACAAGAUGCCUGAGAUGUCUUCUUGCAAGGUGCCAGAGUUGCAUACUUACCAAAUUGACGAGGAGGAUGUUUCAACUGCAAAAUUUGAAAUUGUUUCAAAUUGUGAAAUGGAAACUUCCCAAAUCAAUGAUACUCCUAAACGAAAGCCCCGCAAAUAUUAUGUGGGUGAUAUAACAAUGCCAGACUUAUCCACUCCGAGAAGAGCUAAACGGAAUUUCAUUAAAGCUAAGUACAAAAUAAUUGAACAACGGAACAAAAUUAAAUAUUUGAAUUUGAAAGUAAGCAGACUCCGCAAAAAACUGUCAUCUAUGACUGAAUUAAUGAAUCAUUUAAAAAAAAAAUCUAACUGAACAAGCUCAUGAUAUUAUUUUGGUAAAUCUCAUUUCAAUAGAUGUGAAUGUGUUAAAUGGCUGUUUUCAUGUUUAUUUUUGUUUUGUUUUGACAAAUAUGUGUUACUCUAUGUCUUUUUUUUUAAUAAAUAACAUAAAAUGAUUUUGUUUGUUAUUUCUGGAUAAAAUACACUUAAUUUAUCUAUUCUUAUCUA